AUGACGCUCAGCGCAAAAUACCAGCGCUUUCUAGCCAGUCCCUCCGCCGGUGCGCUCGCCGACAGCGCUGCGAUACACUACAUCACCACCCUCGUCACGGUCAACGAUGCCGCCGGCAUAGUGAAGCACCUCAGCGCGCAGGACAAACAGCUCAAGAAGAAGGGCGAGAAGGUGCUGAGCUCGAUUGAGAGCAGCAACGGCCUCUGCGUCGACGUGGAGACAACCAUCGAAUUCAUCUCUGGCGGCGGCGCAUAUCUGCCGGGACUUGACGACAACUUCCUCUCCGACAGGAUUGUGACGUUCCCAGUGGUCCACAUCGUGCAGUUCGACGCCCAGAGGCAGAUCGAGCAGAUCCGCCUCUACUGGGACCAGGGCUCGCUCCUCAAGCAGAUCGAUGUCAUCGGCGCCCGCGCCCGCAAUUGGCCCAUCCGCGAUGGAAAGGACCAGACGCGUCUGAUUUCCUUGAGCGCCGCGGCCGCUGGCUCUCCUCCUCCUUCCGCAGCCUCGUCGCGCCGCUCGACAGCUUCGAAGGACUCGGCCUCGGUUGAGAUAACCAGCGGCAAUCCGAGAGCGGGUUCCCGUGAGGGCAGGAGCAGGAGCUCUGUCAGUGCGACUGGUGAUCCCCAUGCGAGUUUGUCCCUGUUCCAGCCCCGCGAUGUCAAUGUGCCGAGCGCCUCCUACAGCAAGUCCAACGCACCGCGCGCGACAUCUGCGAAGCCCCCUCCCCGCGAAUGGUCUGAGCUAUUCGCAGGUGAGGAAAAUGUCGCCCCAUCUCCGGCACAAUCCACCGCCUACUCGUCCCCCCGCAAGAACGGUAUUCCCGCCAAAGCUGGCGCCGGAAAGAACUUCAAGCCCAGCCGCCUGUUCGAGGAAGACGAGGAUGCAGCGCACACUCCCGUCAAGGAGAGGGGUAUCAAGACCAACAAGCAGAAGUACAACCACUUUAACAUUGGCGACGCCGAAGACGACACCCCCAAGGCAGCAGUGAAGACCAGCCCCGUUGGAAAGUCCAAGCACUUCAGCCAGUGGGACUUUGAAGACUUUGUUACGCCUGAGAAAGUCAAGGAGAAGAUCCCCGCCCAAGCAGUGCGCCACUUUGGAUGGAGUGACGAUGAGGACGUAGAAUCCCCCAUCAAGCGCCCCAUCGUCCAUAAAGCCCGUCCCCUCGACCCCCACUUCCAAUUCGACGACUCCAACACUCCCGCCGCCGACAAGAAGAAGCACGUCUCGGGCAAGGGCACGCUGCAGAACGCAGGCAUGGGCCUGUACCGCGACCACGUCGUGCACCAGGCCGAAGACGACGGCUUCGAAGACGACGACAAGCCCGUCUCCCGCGGCGACAACAAGCGCUCCCUCGGCGACGUCACCCACACCAUCAACAACGAAAUCCGCAAGAAGGACUUUGGCCCGCAGUGGGAGAUGCGCGAUGACUCCCCCGUCCCCGUGAAGGUUGCUCCGGCUGGCGAGAACGGGAACGGCACUGCGGAGAAGAAGGCGCCGAUCGAGCGCCACCAAACCGAAGACCGCAAAGCUCAGAUCAAGGGCUUGGAGUCGCACUGGGGUUUGUAUGAGGACAGCCCCGAGCAGGCGAAGAAGGAGAAUGUGAAGUUCAACAAGGAGCGCGGUAUCAAGAGCACGGGCGAUGGCAUGGGUGGGCGCAAGGAUGCGGGACGGCAGUGGGGGAUUGGCAAUGAGGGAGAUGACUAUGAAGCGGUGAGGCCGAAGGGCGGGAAGAAGGAGGAGGAGAGCAAGGGCUUCUGGGACUUUUGA